AACAACAACACUGUCCGCCGUCUCCUCCUGCAGGUGGUGGUGAGUAGAAGACUGCACGUAGCUCUCAAACUUCAGGACACCUCCUCUACUGGAGCUGGUGUCUGUCUCCGGCUAAAAUGGAGAUUUAACGCCCUUUUCUUCUAACCUAGACUUACAGUGAAAGGAAGGGCGAGGCGCGAGCCGUACAGUGAGUACUCGAGCUGCCCCCGGAGCUCGUGCUCCAUCCCUGAACCAGCCGCACAAUGGCCCCGUCCCUCAUCCAAGCUUGCCGCAGUCUGGCUCUCUCGACGUGGCUGCUGUCGUUCUGUUUCGUCCACUUGCUGUGUUUGGACUUCACGGUCGCGGAGAAAGAAGAAUGGUACACUGCUUUUGUGAACAUCACUUACCUGGACCCCGUCACUUCGGAGGUCAGGACGGAGAAAACGGAGUGCGGGCGCUAUGGCGAGCAAUCCCCCAAGAAAGAAGCCAGGGGUCUGGUUCUGGUUCCGUCCGUGCUGCAGGACAGGCAGGCGUGUGACCCCAAUGUGAAGUUCCCGCAUGUGUCUCCCAACACCGCCUGGAUAGCUUUAAUAGCUGCAGGGAACUGCACAUACAGAGAGAAGAUCCGGAAUGUCGCAAACCACAACGCCUCUGCGGUCGUCAUCUACAAUGUGGGCUCCAGCAGUGCCAACGACACCAUCACAAUGCCCCAUCCAGGUAAGAGACUACACCUUUGAGGAGCUUUUUCACCGUGUCCUGUCGAGAGAUGGAGGCCUGAGAUAUGCGCACAAAUGGCACUUGAAGCCUGCCUAAGCUUCAUUUGCGUUGGUUAUCAGUGACCGAGAUAAAUGGUUUCAUUCUGCCUGGUGGAGUCCCGGAGCUCCUCUGCAUCUGUGUGAUCAGACAAAUAAUCAGUCAGUUUGUUGAAGGAGAAAAACGCUCUGACUGCCUGUCUGAGGACAUGAGAAGAUUAUCGACAUCCUGUAGCAGACUGAAGGUUUCUCUCAAGUUUUCUCUGCCUUUUUCUUUCCUUCAGUGUAGUUUGACCAUGACAACUUUCCCUAAUUUAGCUUGUCAAACUGUGAGUUCAUUUUGGUGACUGACUCCAGAUUUCCAUUGCAGAUAUCAAAUACAACAUUCUAUAUUUUUUUUAUAUUGAAGCACUUUAAGAAGUAUAAAUCAUGCAUUUGGAGAAAAAAAGGGAAGAAAAUGGAAGUUGCAAAGUUAAAUGGCUGAACAGUCAGUGACAAGUUCGGACCAACAUAAAUAGCAUUGCUAAAAAAACGGUCAUGGUUGCAGUCCUGACUGUAUAGAGGAGGGUGGGGUAAGUUGACCAUAGGAGACCACUUGUUUUGGCAUGCUAUAUUAUCAAGACAGUUAUGUUUACACUUAUUCCUUUCAGUUUGCAGGGAUGCACAACAUCUUGAAAUAUAUGCAGAUACACGAGUUAGAGACAAAACUAAAAUUGCCUUGAUGUAGUGAUCCGAAAUAUAAAAAAUGGCUCAUCUUACCCCACUCUUUCCUAUGUCAUUGCAGCACUUUGUGUGAAGUUUCACCUGGAAUUCUCCUGCUGCACUGUAACCCUGGAGACACAAAUAACACUCACUGAUUUAUUACCGAGCAGCUAAUGAUGGUGAAAUGAUAGAGGCUUGACAAAAAAAAAGAGAACAAACACAUGUUCAGAAACAUAGAGGGGAAAACGUUUGUAUUUUUGUUUUUUAAACUUAGAGUCCGUAUUUCAUGAAUACAAAGUCAUAAUUAAAGGAAAAAUAAGUGAAACAAACAUGGAAGCAUUUGACUUAAAAUUUCUCAGACACGCUUAGACUGCAACCUCACAGUUUAACGACUCCUUUAACACAGUGGUUUUUUUUGUUGUUGUUUUUUUACUAAGGGCACUAUCAAGAUACGCCAAAGCAAACAUUGCUUUAAAAAAAACUGACAUGUGUCAAUAAACCUUGUUUAAACAGCAUACCUUUUGACAUGAAGCAUGCACAAAGUCCUGCAAACUCAGACUUCAGUUUCACCUGCAGGGUUUUUCUUGUCUUUAUUUGCCCAAAGGCUGAGCAGGCUCUUACUUGAAUAACAGGACAAACACUUUGCUGUUUAAACAGCCCUAAGCUCCUUUUGAUCCUUUCAACAGAAAGUGAGAAAGGUCACAGGGAAAAGUAUGGUUACAUAUUUCUGUGGCUAGUUUUUCAUUGUAGCAGAAACAUAUGGUGCUCAUAGCUGGUUUAUUUACUAUGAACGGUUUGUCUCUGCAGCGAUUUCUUUCCUAUGACUUCGAGGGGUGGUUGCAGUCAAAGUAUCCCCAGUGUCUAAGACCUGGGUGUAGUUUUCCCUCAAUUCCCUGUCCCCCACAUUUUUUUGUUGCGCAACUUUCUUACUGAAGUCAGUCUAAACAUUUAAAUAGUUUAUCAAUAACUCCACAACUGCAAUAAUCCCUUUUCUUCCAAGAAAGAAUAUUGCGAAAAUUAGACUUGACUUGAAGGAGGUCAGGAGCAGCUGUGAAAAGCAACAAAUGUUUUCCACCUGAUUUGUGUUUCCAUUGGUGCCACGCUUGCAGCGUGGCACUAGUUUUCAUAAAGGCUUGGCUGAGCAGAUCAUUGUACCUCUGCCAGACAGCAGCACAAUGCAUGAAGGCUGUUUGACAAAAGGGUCUCUACAGAAACAGAUGUUCAGGGAAAAAGCAUACAACACCUGGAGGCAUAAUGAUGAAGUGAUUAUGAGACUUUUAGUGAUUGUGAGUUAUUUUUUCCUAUGGAGGAAGCACCUGCCAUGAUAUAGAAAUUAAUGAGCCUCAAUGCAAAUCCUCUUCAGCUUUUAUUCAAAUUUGACGACUUGUUUUGUAGGAUCGUAUGGGGCAGUUUCUCCAUUCUGUAAUUUCAGUUUGCUAAUGUUGUUUACAGCUUGUGCCAAAUUAAAAUGUUUUGAUGACGUUUUUGGUUGAUAUUACUGUAUUUCACUGACGUUUUUGUACAUGCAAAGAAGAGUAAACAUCUGCAGAGAAAGAUGACAUGACAAAGCUAGACACUGUUGACAAAGACAUUAUUAACAAAUAAAAGAGGCCUUUACUUUACAUUUGUAAUUAACCACACACAGAAGCUCCCAAAUCUAGACGCUCAAGUGUUAGUGCACAAGUGUUUUUUGGAUUUAUUGCACAUUUGCCAUGUUGGACUGAAGUUUGUUGAUAAAAUUCAACACCUGAAUGGAGGCUAGAAAGACCAAAGUGCUGAGGGACUUUGUAAACACUUAAGCAUCUUCUUUCUUGAUGGCAGAGGCCCAUAUAAAGGGAAAAGGAGAUUUAAUGUGUCUGCAGUGAAUUUUGUUCCUCAUAUUGUGCAGUUCUUUCACUUUGAACAGAGUUUUCCAGAAGUUGUAUUGCUUUUUCUUGAUGCACAAUGAUUGAACACUGCAUACUGAUAAAUGGACUCAAGUGUACAACCCUGUAGUAUCUGUAGUAAAAACCUAGAAAGAACCAGGCUAUUGCUUUAAACAUUGUCAUUAGUUACACUUAAACCCCUAAAGAGACAGAAACAGCAGUCAGGUGUACGAUUAAAGCAAUAGAGAAGAGCUCGGUAACAAGGAGUACAAUGACAAAAAUGGCUCCUAAUGUGUGGACUGAAUGUGCGGCUGCCAGAGAAAUAAUGGAGCACUCCCCUUGUCCAGAGCCAACACAGCUGGGCUGUAAAAUCCACUGUUGCCAGAGCCAGAAACCUCUCAUGUCCUGGCUCUAUUAUGUAAGGCUGAGUGGUGUCAGAGCCAUGUUCAGCCUUGGACUAUAAAGCCAGAUCUGUGAUUCUGUGUUUAUCGACUCUUAAAGGUUUUCCUGCCAAGCUUCACUGAACUUUGACGCUAACUGCACUUGUACCACGCUCAGUCUCCACGAUGAGCUGUAUAGAAUUAGAGAAAAUCCUUACUUGCUGUAUAACUAGGGAUUAAAUGAGAAGAUUGACAGCACUGGAUCUUCAUUUCAGUACAUGAAAUAAGUUGUUGGAGACAGCAUUAGAUGAGUUUAGCUCAGUGUUUAGUCUGGAAACAUGGAGGAGCAGACAGAUAGCUGGCUCAAACCAAAGAUCCAGAAAACAUUUCUACCAGUAACCUUGGUUAUUUGUUUGUUUGUUUGUUGGUUCAGUUUGUACAAAACCUAGAAGUGCAGAGAUGGUUUCCUGAUGCUUUCUCAGUCUCAAAUGGUAGUGUGGGAUAUGGCAGAGACAGUUGUAGCUCAGUGGUAGAGUCAGUUGUUUCUUGAUCCAUAGGUUGCAGGCUCAACCACAGGUCCCAUUGUCCUCAUUCUGAAGUUUCUUUGGACAAGUCACUUUGAGUGAGUGGGAAAAUGAUAGAAGUGGAAGAUACAGCAUGGUAUCACAAUGUUUUGUCUGGUGAUAUAUUGUACCGUCUCAUUUACCAAGUAUGGAUUUUUCAACUUAAUUGCUAAUAUGAGGUCAAAUCUAUGAUAAUGGAAAAAUAAAAUCUACUGUUUGUCCAGUCAGGUUGGCAGAGGAGACAUCAUAAAGCAAGAGAAAGUUAGAACAACAAAUAUAUAUGAGGUUUGCAAGAUGUGCUACAUGAAAUUGAAAUACUGCCUAAAUAAGACAAAUAUAAAGGAAAGACAAAUGCUAAGUUAGCAAAACAGUUGAAAAAAUUGUAUGAAUCGUAAUGUAUUGUAUCGCACUACUCAAUGGAUUGCAAAAUUUAAAAAUCACAAUAAUAUCGUAUCAUGGCACAAGUAUCAUGAUAAUAUCGUAUCGUGGGGCCACUAGUGAUUCUCACCCCAAGAUAAUAAAUGUCGAUAGUUAAUUGUUGCUUAGCUAGCAUCAGAGCCAAGCUAGCUGCUUUCCCUUGUUUUCAGCUAUCGUAGCUCAGGUGACCUGAUUGACCUACAGAUAUAAGAGUUCUGGUAAUCCUGACGUUUAACUCUGCAGGAGUAAACUAACGUACAGUCAGUGGGUCAGACCAGGUUGGGUGUUUUUAUUGUUUCCUUCCGUCCUUCUCUUUGACAAGAAGAUUAGCUCCUUGUCUUGGCUACGUUGCCUGUUCAGACAUUGGAGACACACAAGUACUGAAUGUGAACAAUUAGCUUUUAGUUAUUGUUAGACAGGACCGGGCUAGUUUUCAUUUUAUUCCUAGUUAUAGCUGAGCCAAGCUUGUGGACUGUGAACCCCAGCUAGAUGUUUAUUUUGGGUUGUGUCGCAACAAUGAGCAUUUAAGCCUUGUCCAAAAAUAUCGCAAAAAUAUCUCCCAAAAUAUCAAACUAUUCAUUUAGUUCAGGACUUUGAACCACUUUUUAAAGCUCUUAAAUUUAUCAGACUCUCUGUAGAAUAUUUUGCACAGCUGUUAGCUUUAGUUUAACAUAUGGUUGUUGGAAAAGUCAAUUCUUCAGUGUUAUCCUCUACAGCUGAUCAAAUCCCUGUUAAUAAAAUGAAAUCCCAACAGCAGAAAAAUUGAUAUUCGGUGUGCUGUUUAUUCCACCGUGCCCCAUAUUUUAGCCAAAGGAGUGUGAGAACAGAUAUUUUCACAAGUUCAGCCUCGUUUCAUUCCCCCUGUUUUAGAGAGAGCUAUUUCUGUCCUCUCUGUCCACGUCACAGUGGACAGAGGACGGAGAUAAGAGUCAGGGCUUAAGGAAAUCUUACAUGCCUUGUUAUGCCUUUCUGUAUUUCUGUUGGCUGUGGCUCUGAAACUGGCCAUAUGUGGGGUUUUUUUUAAGUCUACACAGGAUGGAACAGUUUUGUUUAUGAAAGACUUAUUGUGAUGAGACAGUGUGGUUUAUCUUGUGUCUUUAAAGGCCUUUGUUACAACACAGUGAUUUUCUUUCCACACCAUAUGGUCAAGCUUAAUAAAGCCAGGUCAGUGUGUGUAUAAGGCUACACACAUUAAAGAGGAGAUAAACAAUAUGGUAAAUAUUCAUGUAUUUAAGAAAUCAGAGCUCUUGUGAGUUGUACUUGUGUCAGCGUAAAGGAUUAUUUUACUGCCUGAACCAUCUAUAGAAAAAAAUUCAGAAACCCUGAAAUCGAUAGUUUGUUCAAAUAUAUAGUAUGUGAUAGAGACAUAAGCAGAAACUUAUUUGAAGAAGUGGGACAGCUCAUUGUCUGGCAGUCUAGCAGCAUAUCGCCAUCUGCUUGCAGUCCAAACACAGGCCUUUGUUUCCCCCUUUGUCAUUGUUUGUAGCAGAGUUUAUUUCAGAAGCACCAACACACGGAAACCUUUUUGGAGUAAGAAGCAGGGAUAAACGUUUUUGUUGUGAGUGAAGGUAAUGUCAGGCGGUAAAAGUAUUUGAACAUUUCUAACAUGACUAUUAAAUGUUAUGAAUGCUGCUUUUUCCUGAGUACAACUGCUUUUUUUUCUCCUCCAAAAAUGUAAAACUUAGUGCAAAGAUACACAAAACCUUUUUUUAGGCAUUUAAAAACAGGAUUAAAUAAAAAAAAAAAUCAUGAUUAAGAUCAUUGAAAUUUCUCAAACCUGGUCACAAGCACUGUGCAGCUGUGCAGAUUUUAAAACCAACUUGUUACAUAAAGGGAUUUAUGAGCAUGACUGAGUAAUGCAUCAUAGCUUUCACCCUGAAAUUGAAGCAUAUCAGCUGAAUUCAAACCCCCUAACUCCUCUUAAAAUCAGAAACACAAUCUUCUCUGCCAAUCUAACUUGGGCUUUGGAAAAAAAUAUGAUUGAAUAUAUUGGUAAAUAGCUCGGUGCAGAUCCUCAUCAGGUCCUAAAGGCUUUGUUACAGCACUGUGCACAUGGCAGAGCGCUUGCAGAUGAUGGCAGGUUGUAUAAAGCUGCAAUUUAUAGUGACUGAUCGAGGGAUCGAAGCACCACAGGGAGUCACUGGGACUCCAUGCAGCCAUAAAAGAGGCGACAGAAGGAAUAUGAUGUAACAGUUUGUCAGGCUGCUGAUGCAUUUCCUGGAAACAACGACAGCUGUGCAGAUGAAAGAGUGGGGCCUUGUUAUUCCUUCGUUGCCAGAAACUACCAAGUUGUUUCAGCUUUAUGUCCCAUAUGUCAUUUCCUUAUAACAGACAAAUUCAAACCAGACGUACCGAAUAGAGCUUCAGCCACAUGGAAACAGAUACAGGCCUUAUUAAUAAAGUUUAAGAAUCAAUGAAAGCAUUGAUUGGGAUUUGUUGUAAAUCAACACUUUUUGAACCCUCCAAUGUUUUUCAAACCAAGAAUAAACGAUGUCUGCAUCAAUCUUUCCUUCAACUGGCAGAUGCAAACUACUACUAAAAUAACUAUUGAAUGAUGUUGUUUCUCUGUACCAGCAGAUUUGGACUCAUCCCACAUUAAGUCAGCAAGAGCUCUAAAAUAAGCAAAUAUCUGAUAGUUUCAGCAGCACCAGAAUAAUCAGUGUCCUGGCCUAGACACGCAAAUAGAUGAGCCCCAAGCACACCAAACAGAGUCCUUUAACAAUUUGACUGUGCACAAAUCAUAUGCAAAAUGCUCCUGUUAAAGGAAACAAGAACUCAAUAAGUUUUUCAACAACAUUAAGUGUUUCUGAGCAGCAAAAAUGAUGAAUUCUGCUUUUAUUUUUUUGUCUGCCUGUCAUCAUACCCUAAAUUACAAUUUUAGCUGAAUUUCUGACAUCACUUGCCAAUAUGGACUUAAGUAUUUCAAGGGAAAGCAGAAACCCCCAGAAGAACACAUAGUCUGGGUGUGUUUAUCACUUAGCACCGUUCCCAUGUUAUGAGCCGUUUUGAUUUUUGACUUAAAAGUUUAGGAAAUAUUGAUGAUCAUCUGUGACAAAAAAGACAGAUAUAGAGUUUCAAUAUUGAUAUUCAAGAGACGCACACCAUCAUUUUUUUCAUGGUGAAUGUAUUUAUAGCCUUAUAGACAUCCUCUCACUGUGCAGGUGAGUACAUCAGAAAAAGAGUUACAUCUCUACCUUUCUGCAAAGAGCUGGAUGUCUGUGGCUUAAGCAGCAGAAGGUGAAGCUUAUCUCUCACCUCAGGGGACUGAACUUUUGAGAGGCAUUAGCUGAGAGGAUGAGAAGGAGCAUAGUCUUAGCUAAUGUUAAUGCUAAUUCCACAAACAAGAUUUUUAUAAUGAAAGUCCACAGAAAUCCUAUUGUGAAAAGUCAGUGUUCCCCCCCCGAACAGCUUUCAGGUGCAAGAGUUGAAAGAUGUUCAGUAACCGUAUAAGUCACUACUGUCGACAUGCACAGCAUGCAGAGCAACAGAAGGCUGCCAGAGGAAGCCUCUUACAUGAUGAGUGAGGCUUAAUUUGCUCUGCCCUGUCUAAGCUCUCAGCGGGUUUCCAGUUGUUCCUCUUUUUCUCACCUACUCCAAUUUACAGCUCAAUUCAUUAUAGGUCAGUGACGGAUAUUGGGAGCAUGGCCUUAGUGUCUUCAAAUGUGGUUUGUCGCCCAACCAACAGCUCUAAACUUUGUAGACAAGGCCAGCUAUUGAUAAAAAUACCUAUGCUGCUGUAUUAGUCGAUAUCAGAAAUUAACUUUUCCAAUCUCACUUAACAAAUACAAAGCUUUCUCGACAAAAUAUGUAAUCAACACUGUCUAUAUUUAAAAAAAAUCAUCUACAAAAGACAUUUUAAGAUUUUAAAGAAACUCUUAACCUACCUUGAUUUUUCCAAAGAUGAUUGUAUUGUUAUGAGUGUAAUUUCACAGUUUAAAUGGCUCCUCAUGAGGUCAAUACUAAAUGUCUGUAAAUGGUCUUAAAGUCUCAAUGAGCAGCUUUGCCUUGAUUUAUCAACUCAUGAUCUAAAUUGACAUUCCCUGUGUUGCGCGUGUGUGUGUGUGAUUGUAUGGGUAGGUACAGGGGAUGUUGUGGCCAUCAUGAUCCCAGAGCCCAAAGGUCGUGAGAUCGUUGCUUUGCUGGCGCAGCACAUCGCAGUCACAUUGCACAUCACCAUUGGAACCCGCAACUUGCAGAAGUAUGUUAGCAGAACAUCAGUGGUGUUCGUCUCCAUCUCCUUCAUCGUCCUCAUGAUCAUCUCCCUCGCCUGGCUCGUCUUCUACUACAUCCAGAGGUUCCGCUAUGCCAACGCACGAGAUCGCAACCAGGUAUGAAUAUGCACACUGACUUGAAAACUCAUUGAAACUCAUACAUCAAACUCUAGGAGCUGAUGGGCUUCUGUUGACAGUAGAAGCACAUGACAGGACAUUGACAGUACUGCACUUCUGUAGGCUCAUCACAUGUGUUUCCUUCUGGUUUCUCUGUAAGGCUGUUAGGAGAGGCCAGAAUUAGCCUGACAGCUGGAUGAAUCAGAGACUUAGCAAACCAGUGAACCAUCAACCCUCUCAGCUUUCCUCCUUUGAGCCAACUGAGCAAAUAACUGGCAAUGCUAUAUCUUUACUACGAAUGUCCACCUGUGUCUUUCUGAUGACGUCUGAGACAACAAUUCCCCAUCUUGUCUGUUAUGAAAGAAGCCAGUGUCAUGACAACCAUUGUCUGCAAUAAUGUUGAUUUAUGCUGUGUAAAGAAUUAAGCUGCAUUGAACUUGUCUGUUAUUACUAAUGCAGUCAGUAUUUUAAAAGCAUUAUAGCAUGAAGGUGUGCUUUAUCAAUAUUGCAUAACUUUAGCUCAGUCACACCUGUUUACUGUGUGUUCUGAAUCUACCACCUGACACUUUAUUAGUAUUAAUAUUUAUAGUCAUGCUCUCAGAAUGAAUCCUCUGUCAAAGCCCAAAAACAGUACAUAGGUAUUUCUACUUAAAUUAACAUAAUGGCAAGAAAAGGUGACUUUUAUUUUGUUUAUGGGCCGCUAUUUCCUUUAAGGAAUAAAUUUUCAAACUUUAUUGUCCCCAGGCAACCGGCUUCCUGAACACACUGCUCUGAUCCUUACAUCACUUUAAUUUCCAUCUUGAGUUACAGCUGGAAACUUCCUUUAAUAAUUAUGGUUUUUAAAUCCCAGUUUUAUUGGAACUCAUGUUCAGUUUGUCCCUUUCAGUUAUUUUUAGAUUUCAGUUUCUAGUCGUUGCCAGUCAUUGACUUACUUUCCAGCUGUGAGGGUGUUUUGAGCCCCGUUUCAUUUGCUUAACACACAGCAGGUGAUGUCUGCUCAGUUUUGUUCAUUAUGUAUUAUUUGUUUUCUAGAGAAACAAAUGUGAAAAAGUGAAACUGAUGGCUCCUGAGCCCUGCUGGUACACAUUCAUUAGUGUCUUAAGCAACACAAAUUUUAAUGACUGAAGAAACAAUGUGAUACCAGCAUACUGCUGAGAUCUGACAGCCAGCUUUGUCGCUAAUGUAGUUUUUUAAUGUCUGCAGAGACGUCUGGGAGACGCUGCCAAAAAAGCCAUCAGUAAACUUCAAGUACGCACCAUAAAGAAAGGAGACAAGGUGAGUGGUUCUUUUCUACGAUGCAAAGAAAGCUGAUUAAUUUCACAAAAUACAGAAAGUGUUAUCCAUGUUCCGCUCCGCCGUUAAUUUAAAAGGAGACGUUCAUGUUCUUGAAUAUCCACAUGACAGUUUUUCUUUCAUUCAUUCUGCAUUUCAGGAGACAGAGUCAGAGUUUGACAACUGUGCAGUUUGCAUUGAAGGUUAUAAACCCAAUGAUGUUGUAAGGAUAUUACCAUGCAGGUAAGGUUUGUUUAUGCUUAGUCUUGAUUGUAACUUUAAACUCAGUAUCUCAUCCUGAUUUUCAUAUGUAGGCAAACAAAGGAUAGCUUUAAAUCUGCAUAUUUCUCUUGGCGCUGGACUUACACUCUUGUUUUAAGAUGAUCUGUGUGUCUUCUGUCUCCCUUUUCUGUCAGGCAUCUGUUUCAUAAGCACUGUGUAGAUCCAUGGCUACAAGACCACAGGACAUGUCCAAUGUGUAAAAUGAACAUCCUCAAAGCUUUGGGAAUCCCGGUGAGCAUCUUUUGAUUAUUCAAUUUAUUUUCUUUUAGUCUCAUAUGUUACAGUGUUACAAUGUCAUUUAGCAGACGCUUUUAUCCAAAGCUGCAUACUGUACAUUUGAGAGCAAGAACAACACAAACAAAGAAACAAGAUCCGUUAGUGCCACAAAGUGCUUCAAGUUCAUUUGAAUGCAGGUACUAUCAAGUAGCAUUAGAGCCUCUCAAGACAUGUUUUGCAUGUUUCAGCUCAGUGCAGACUGUUCAGACGAGUUUCCUCCGGACUACGAGAUAUCUGUCGGGGGUCCACCCACCAAUGCCAUCAGUGGGGCAAGCGAAAUCACAGUUAACGAGAGCUCAGUGGUUCUGGAUCCUACUGGGAGAGCAAUAGGCCUUCAACAGCUCCAUCCAGAGGCAGCACCUCAAGCAGGAGAGGAGAGCUAUGUCAUUGCUGGCAGUAAGUACACAAAGUUUUGACUCAAAGUUACAAAAAAAAAAACACUUCACUUAUGUCAGUAACAAGAGUUUUUGAGGAUAUGGAGAAUCCCAGGAGUCUUUGCGAGGUGAGAGCCCUUUUUGUAAGUGUUAUUUAGACUGUUUAUGUGGAAACCUUGUCUAGACCAGCAGCCACCUGGUUACCAUUCUCCACUUCAGGUCCCUUUGGGCAAUGUAGGAGCGUUAUUCCUACACUUAAUGAAAACACCUUUAUGCUGGUACUUGGACUAACAGUUGUUAAGCAUCUGCUUUCUCUCAGCACCUCGCUGUGCCAAUAACUCCACAUGCUUGGAUCCUUUUUGUUUUCAGAGGCCUUUAAGAAGAGGUUUUAUGCUUUUUUUUCAGAUUUGGUACUUACUUUCUGAUACCUCUUAAAUAGCUCUGCAUGAUGUUCUGAUUAAAAAAGCCUUGUGUUUCUCACUUGCUUUUCUUGUGAUAGUGUAUAAAAAUAUCAUUAUUUCAGUCUCCGUCUAAAACGCUUUGCUUUAGCUGCUGUCUCUUUAAGGUUGCACAACUUACACUUGGGUAUAUGAAAGUUUAUUAAUAAUUUGAUUAUUUAUUCACUUACACAAUAAAUUCGGCUAACCAAUAAUGUGUGUUGCCUGUCAGUGGUGAAAAUUGAACAAAUUUCAUGUGUCUGGUGUAAUUAUCCUUCUCGGUGGUUUUUAUGGCCAUUCCUGCUGUUUUUUGACCACUUAGAGCUCUGGUUACUGUCAGAGCGGGGUGAAUAAUUAAACUUUUAUUUGUGUACUUGGAGGAGCAGAGGAGAACAGUAAAGAAAAGAUGAAGUGUCAGAGCACCCGGUGCCAAGUUAUGCUGCUCAGCAUGUCAGACUGGCUCCUACUCUACCGUCAGGAGACUAGGACCAAGGACUGACAGAAGUCCAACUCCCAUUUUUCUCCCUCACUCCUGUUUCUUUCUCCCUUCAGUGCAUCACUUCUCACUUCAAAUAUGAGGCAAAAACCAAAAAGAAAACCACCAAGACUCAUUUGCUGUCGAGCUAUAUUACCUCGAACCGUUUCAGGCGAAGUUCAGAGAACUUGACUCUCUCAAAUAUUAAUUAAGGUUUCCAUCUGCAGAAUGUUUGAUUUACAUUUGUGAUGAGAUGAAAAUGUUUGCUUACUGUGUCAAUAAGACGAUCUGAUAUUUAACUUUCUAUGGAGGUUCAACCUGUUUCAGCCACUGUCAAAGAAAGAUGAAAUGUUGCCUUUAAUCAAAACAAAAGAACUUAAUAUUGCUGUGAAUACAGUCGAGGUAUAACUCAAAUCCCUUAUCGAUGCUAAAAAAAAACAACAUAGUGAUAGAGAAACGGCUCACAGCAUUAGAAACAACCCUAAUGAACACAUGAAUGAUGAAAAGUUCAAAUAAUAAUGCAAUCAAUAGACUUGUAGUACCUAUCCCAUCAGUCCCAUCAGCUGUUUAACCUCAAGCCCUAAAAAUGCAAAGUUCAGAGAAUAAACAACUUUUUGUUUAAAAAAUGUCCCCAACCGUUUAAAAAAAACCCACAAUUUUAUUAUUUUAGAGCAAAAUUGCAAACACUUUACUGGCUCCAGCUCUUCAGAUUAAAAGAAUAGCCGAUUUUCUCUGUUGUACAGAACAACAAACCAAAUACACUCUGUGAUUUGGACUUUUUACUUGGUCAAAAAAAUAUUUAAAAACUAUCUGGAGAGGCUAUUCUAACUAAUUGUUUCAUGGAUGUUAAUUAGCUAAAUCAGCCAGAUCAUGUCAUGUCAGUAUUGGGUUCCAUUUUGCUUACAGUACACAUGAACAGGUUAAUUUUUUGGAACUACUUGGAGCCGAAAACAUAAGUUUGAUAUCUUUAAAAUUUAAGGCAGAAAUAAAACAUAUAAUAUUUUUGAAGUUCACUUCAAUCUCUCAAAGCAUUGAGAAAAAGCUAAAGCACAAAGACAGGUUUACUUCAGUGUGCCUCGGCUGUAGAUCACUUCACCACCACAAAGACUAAUGGAUAUAUAAAUCAGGUGCUAUUUAUUGCACGCCUUGACAUUUCUGAGCUAACAGAGAGGAUGUCACUGAUAGCCACUUAGCAGGAGAUGAACAAGCUGAUCUGGCAUUGAUGGAGGGCCAAAUGUGUUGUCUUUAUCUUAACUAAUGAGCACUGUCGUCUAUCGGUCUUACAGAGUCAGACAGAGUUGGCUGCAGUUUGGUUCUCUGAAUAAGGCCUGAAUUUUUGCUGGAAAACUGGCUUUGCUUGGUAAAGUCUGAUGCUUCAUCCUUGCUCUCUAUCUCUCUAAAUGUCCUAACUCUGUGCAACUUGAUGUAAGCUGAAAGAGUCACUAGUCCUUGUAGUCCACUGUUAAAAGAUCUUUUCUUUGUAAAAGAGAUAGACAAGGCCCACAGUUUCCUUUUCAUGCUGAGAAAAGUGAACUCAAAGCUUAUCUUCAGCCAUCAAUCAACACAAACUGACAUGUCUAACUCUGCAAGGUGUUAGCAGCUACAAUGGUUAACCACCCUGUGAGCCAGCACGUCAUAACCCCGUUCUUAUCCUGAUUAAGAUCAAUGAAAAACACCAAGAAAAUGAACUAAUGCACAUCUCCAUCCACUGUGCUGUGGUGAAUAUGAAGAGUUCUGUGCAAUGUUGUUAUGUUGGUAUGUUGUUGUGAAGACCAGUGUGUCUGUGCAGAGGAAGAGUUUUAUAACAGAAGCAGACUAAAAACGGGUGAAGAACACAAAAAGGAAAUAUGACGUUAAUAUUAAUUACAGGAAAGGAGCUUCCCUGAAGAAACGUAUGCCCAUAGACUAAAUAUUGUGCUUCAUGGGCUAAAUUCAUUCCCAUCCUAGUUUGGCACUUUUCCCAAUAAACCAACUCCCAGCUAAGUGAUUAAGAAAGAAAAUAGGAUGUUUUUUCACCAACUAACUGAAAAUAGAUCCAGAUGGAUGCUAACACCCUUUCCUUUUACAUCAAAUGGAAAACAGACACAGUGAUUAGCCAGUUAAAGCUAGCUGAUAGCUGGCAACUGAAGAGGUGGAAAUUUUUCUUGGGAAAUCAACAGAGCAUCUAAAAAAGGAGAAAAAAAGGCAAAAUAUUCUGCUUCUAUUCACCAAAUGUUCAGAAACUCCCUCAUAAAUUUCAGCCAACUUUUAGCUAACAUGUUCAAAUCUAUUGAAAACAUGACUUAAUGCUGCGCUCCUAAGCUUUCUCUGCUGCCUUGUCUUAUAAUGUUAUAAGGAUACGGUUUAAUUUUACCCAUGAUGGCCUAACCUGAAAAAUUAAGCCUUGACAUUAAACAGUAUCUCUGUGCCUGCACGCUAUUCACUUGUCAGUUAUUAAAUCAACUUUCCCUGUGUCCUUAGGUGAGCACCAGCCCCCUCUCAGCAGUGACUCAGACAUCUCUAUCAUCACUGGAGUAGAGGUAGGCAUGUCUGAAGUUGACCUGUCCGUGGAGCAGAGAUGUCAAGGAGGUAAAUCCUGAAAAAAGAAUCAAUCACCAAAAAGAAAAAAAAGGAAAGAGGAGAGAAGAAGCGUCCUCCGUUGCAGGGAGCGACAACUCAGAAGACAGGCAGACGAGCGAUGGAACAACACAGCACAAAAACACCACGCUCUGACUUUCUGCAUUUGUGGACACGUUGCUUGCUCGUUUUUCUCGCAGUCCCACUUUUACCAUUUCGUCGGUUUGACUGCCGUGGUGACCUCACAGCCAAUCACAGCUCUCACUUCGCGGCGGCCCCGGUUUGACUCCACAUAACAUAUACACACACACACAAUAACUGCAGAGAUGUCGUAGCCUUCACAGAUCUGAGAAGGCAUGAUUAGCCUCUACACACUCUGGCAAAUUCAACCUGCUGCUUGACACAAUGUUGGCACAAAAGCCGCAGGGCCUCCUCCUGAAAACCAGUUACAGCUUUAUUUGUUAUGAAAAUAUAUGCAGAUUGUUUCAUUUUUCUUUGGUAUGAGAUCACUGCCAAAAUAUUCCAGAAGCAAGAUUAACUUAUGUGGUGGAAACAAAGCACAUACAAAACCUAUUUCAGCUGUUUCUUUAACAGUUAGUGUGUAUUUCCACCAUCGUUGUUAAAUACAGACUUACAUGUGAGUGCCGUUUCAAAACUUGAGGUGUAGGUCUUAAAGUUCAUGUGGUCAUGUGACAUUAAAUAAUCCAAGUAUGGAUGCACACAGUAUGCUGUAAUUUCUAAAUAUAUCUGUUCCUUGUAAUGUUUUGUGGAACCCUUAUAUACGACUUUAUAACGACUGAAUAUUCCUGCUGUAGGGAGCAAACAAACACACACUCACAGUCGAUAUUCCUGUCUUCACAUUUGACAAUCGUAGCUUAAAACAAGCAGUUCAAAGUGAUGUCACCCACUGCCCUGAUGAAACUGCUGCUGAUUUACAAGUUAUUACUCCCUGCCAUCUGUCUGAAGGUAGUCGUUUGUAUCUAUGUAAACACUGCUGCUAAGUACAGCUGGAAGUAGCAGAUGUACUAGAUUCAGGUGGUGUGCACACUCUGUUGACAGCACUUGUUAAACCAGCCAAUAUUGAUAUGUCAGCAAGUCUCUGUGCCAAGAUUAUAAGUAGUAUUUUAAACCUGGUUAUUGUCUUUCAUAUCCACUGAUUGUCUUAGCUGUCAAACAGGCUGAGUUUUCUCGUGAUAUGAAAUAAAAGAAAUAUGAUUAAAAGGGACUAAUUUGGAUGAAGAGGGGGAGGUUUUUACUUGAGAGCAUGGGAUUUUUUUAUGGCAUGAAGAGCCUAAAGCAUGAUGUUUACAGAUCUGGAAUAAUUGAGAAGUUUUGUUUGGAUACAUCCAACACUAAGCCGGCUAGUUUUGAAAAAUGACAUGUAAAUUCUUGUGUUUUCUGUGUGUAGAUUCACACACAAAAACACACAGCACAUAAGGAAGACGGUUUAUUUUUUAGUAUGUAGUCAGAAAACAACAAGAGCUUCAAUUUAAGCUAAGAAAUGAGUUUGAGUUUAUGCUGACAGACAUAGAGGCUUCAAGAGUUAAUAAGUCUAUGCUGACAGAUGUGUGGUACACUACACUGACAGGUAAAUUCUGCAGCUCCUUUCUGCCACUUGUUUGGCUGUGUGACCCGGAGAUCAAAUGUCUUUAGACUGAUAAGAUGGCGUUGUUUUAGAGGGCAGCUUUUCUGAAAGAAAUCUGUAAACCACUCUCUCAGGACCAAAAAAUUUACAGGCACAGUAAGCAACAAUGUCAGCAAUUACCUUUAAACUGCAGCUUAAGUAACUAGGAUUUUUUUCAGAAAGGGAAAAGGACCAGAAACUAAGCUAAAAGGGAGAAAAUAUCUGAUUUAAGUUUGUAUCUUGUUUACAUAGACUGUAAUAAACAUGGAUGUGGUUUCAUGUUGUGCAUGCUGAAACAGGCAAAGAAGUGGAGCUGAAGCAGGUCACACAGCCACGACUAUCCACCUGUCAGUCAAAUCAGCCAAACCUCUAAUCAAGCACUGUUUAUACGUGCAAAACCCUUAGCCUAAAUAUUAUCAGAAUUGAUGCUUAUUUAGAAAUAAAAAUCUAAAUUUAAAAAGUCAUGAAUCGAAGACCAAGCUACUGAGACCAAAACUGAUUUUGUACCAGGCUGUAAACAUGUUUAAUUCUGCUGUCAAAAAUACCAUUUUAACACGGCACAUGCUCGGUAUUUCAAACACCAGAGGUCACUGAAAGGUGGUCUGUUGGUUUACCUCUCAAUUCCUCUAAAAUAAGACAGGAAUAAGUUUUCUAUAUAUUUCCAUGAAGCUGUUGUUUCUACCACUCUGAAUACCAUUCUUGAAAAGCACCAGCCCUUUUUAAACUACCGACAGUAAACCAGCACAUUCAGGUGGCUCAACCUAAACCUUCCUUUGAAUAACAACAAAAGUUACCAAAUGGUGUUUUUUUAAACAGAUUUUACUUUCAGUGUGACAAUACUGCAAGUUGAGUUGCUAAUUCACAAAGUCCUGUCAGUUUGAGAUAGACUUUGAAACUGAGCCGGCUUAGAGUGGAUGUAGUCUCAGACUCCAAAUGUUAAAGCUGACUGUUAAUUUAAGUCCUCUUAACAAUUGUUACCUUCUUUUUUGUAGCUAUGUUGUAGUCCUUUUUGUCACUUUUUAAAAACGUCAAUCAUUUCUUCUUUAAAAAGACUCAGUGGGAUCUAAACCUCAGCUGGAUCUGGUUCUUCUCACAUUCCUGUCAACUUGCACACUGAUUGAGCACAGACUCACUGACUCAGUCCAUGGAGCCAGUGGAAUUUUUACUGAUGUUUUUUGUUAAAUUUCCAGUCAUGGUUUCCAUGAUGUCCUGUGCCACCUGGGACUCCCGUUAUAUAACACCCACAUGCACACACUCCCUUGCUUGAGUCAAUCAUUGAAGAAUCACUGAAUGUAGAGGGAAAUGUUUCAAGCUGUUGCUUUUCGGAGGGAUUUGUUGUAACUGUUUCUGUCUCGAAGUGUUUUGUGUUCUUGCCUGUAGCAAUUUGACAUCCAAAGACAAAACUUCCUAGAUAAAUCUAACUAGCUUACAGAAAGGGAAAAAGCUUUCACAUUACCUCACUUUAUAUGAAAAUUUUCACACAUACAGACCAGUUCUAACCCAGCAUUUCAACAUGCCUGAAAUGUGUGGGAGUAUUAUGAAAGCACUCAUGAAUGUAUAUUUUCAUAAUGCUACUAUUCUUUAGUUUACCUCUAGUUCUCCAUCAUUACAUGGAUAUAUAAGAAGAUGAUUGUAGUUCUUGCCAGCAUGUUAUAUAGACACAGAUACUGAAGUCUCAGCCAGCCUAAUCUGAACCUUUCAACCUCCUGUAUAUUAAAUCAACUCGCUUACAUACAUCACCAUCAUCUGCAAAAGCAUCAUUUAUUUCUCUCUUGUUAAUGUCAGUCAUUAAGUCCUUCUUACUUUUCCAUGCACACACAAACAAACACAUAUACUCACACACACACCCAAGCUCUGUCUCCAGCCAAGCAUUUGUUUGGUUAACAUAGCAACAAGAAACAGGACAGCACAUCUUUUUUUCAAGUGCCAGAUUAAUCGUUCACUGUUUAUGUAGAGGUGGAUGAAGGCCUUCUUUUUACAGUGUAACUUUAAAAUGAUAUGGUUGAGCUUUAAGGUCAGUCAUAGGAUUUGCGUAUUGUUUUGAUUUUUGUUGCUUUUUUUCUCUUUUUUUUUUUUUUUGCUCUCUUGAAGGACAAAUCAGAAAUUAUAUAAGACAUGAAGUCAUUGUACCAAAGCAUAACAUUAUUAAUCUGUUUUCAACAACUUUUCUGGAACUGAAUACUGAAACUUGUGCUCAUUUGGCAGGUAAAGACCUUAAAGUUUCUUGGCAACUUUUAGGUCCUGUGAGAUUUUAUCUGAUCAACAGAAAACUGUUAAUGGGAAACAGUCCCUUGGAAAAGAUUACAGGAAUUUUUAAAAAGUAUAAAUUAAAUUGACCACACCUGCGAAAAAUCUACCCAUUUACCAUAAAUAAUUUCUUAUUGGAAUAAACUUUGCUUUAUCCCUUAUGAAGUUGUUAUAAGAAGAUUUGAAUGGUACUCAUGCCAUUAUUUUGGUGUGAUCUUGUUUAUUUUUCAUUGUUUUACAAAUCCUCUCUGUCAAAUCCCACACUUAUUUUUUCUGAAAUGAUGGACCUGUUAGAAGAAAUGUGGCUCAGCAUAUCUUUUUGUUUUUUCAAUUUUAUCAAGACUAUUAGUUAUUUUUUCUCAUUUUGUUCUCUCUGUCGCAUGUGUUUUGUCCUUUUAUGCGUAAACUCUUCUAUCCUGCACUUUAACCCUCCAUUGAAUGGGGAGCAGCUUUACUGAACGACUUGAGAAAGUCUCUUUGUAUGUACAGCUUUUGAGAAAGAGGGCUACAGUACUGAACUCGGCACAUGGCUCAGUUGUUGCUUAUUUUAUAAUGUUGUGAUCUUUUGUCUGUACUAUUGUGUACAUGUGGGAUGAGGGUGGGCUAUCGAUAUAUUGUACACUAUACCCAGCAGAUACAACAGCAAUGCUAUUUUACAGUAUAAAAACUGAUAUGUAUGAUAAA